GUCAAAAACCAGUUUUAUAGCCGAAGCAUUUGGUCCGGUAAGAGACUUUCCUCUCUCUCCCUCUCUCUCUCCUCAAUGGUGGCCACAGAUUUUACCACACAGUCUCCGAUCUGUUUCUCUCUCUAAGCUCCUUGCGAGAGAUCUGUCUAAGCUCUUUCCUUGAUUUUUCUAUAUAUGGAGAAAGGGUACAACAAAGGGUACGGAACCAUCACACUCGAUUCUUCCGAUUGUACCUUCUUGCCCGGAAAGUCUCCUCCUUUUCCUAGGGUUUCGGAUACUACCCUUCUCCAUAUAUAGUCAUCACAAUAUCACCCAUCGCAGUAACAACAACGAGACGAUCAACAAGCGAGAGAUGUUCCAGUUUCCGGCUAGUCUCAGUGGUCCGCACGGCUGCGGAGAUCAUAGACAGGGUCAGUCUCCGCCGCCGUCGUCGGAGGAGGAGGCGGAUGAGCACCGCCGUGUGGCUGUCGGAGAGGUUGACUUCUUCUCGGAGAAGAGAGAUAGGGUUUCACGUGAAAACAUCGCCGGCGAUACAGAUAGGGUUCACGUUAAAAUGGAGAUUCCAUGGGUUGAAGAUGAUGAUCGAUCCAUGGAUGUAAAUAUCGGAUUAAAUCUUCUGACGGCGAACACGGGGAGCGAUGAAUCAACGGUGGACGAUGGAUUGUCAAUGGACAUGGAAGAGAAACGUGUAAAGUCUGAGGUGGUGCAAAUGCAAGCAAAGCUACAAAAGAUGAGCGAAGAGAACCAAAGACUGAGGGAAAUGGUAAACAAAGCAAACAGCAACUACAGCUCCUUGCAGAUGCAGCUUGUCGCUGUCAUGAGACGACAAGAACAUUACCGUACAUCCUCUUCCUCCCAAGCCGACCGUUGCCUGGGUGGGGAGGGGAAACGGCAGGAGCGACCGGCGAUGGUGCCAAGGCAGUUCAUCGAUCUUGGACCAUCUUCCACCGCAUCAGAGCGUGAAGCCGAAGUGUCGUCAGAGGAGAGGAUGACAGUGCGGUCAGGCUCUCCUCCUUUGCAUUCCAACCCACGAGAUGAAGGAAAGAGGUUGCUUGGGAGGGAAGAAAGCCCUGAAUCCGAAUUCCCUAACAAAGUUCCCAAACAUUAUCCCUCCUGUAAUGGCAACGGUAACGUCAUCGAUCACUCGGCCACGGCCGAAGCCACCAUGCGGAAAGCUCGUGUCUCCGUUCGUGCUCGAUCUGAAGCUCCAAUGAUAAGCGAUGGAUGUCAAUGGAGGAAAUACGGGCAGAAAAUGGCGAAGGGAAACCCGUGCCCACGAGCUUAUUAUCGCUGCACCAUGGCGGUGGGUUGCCCCGUACGCAAGCAAGUACAACGUUGUGCGGAAGACAGAUCUAUUCUCAUUACAACCUACGAAGGGAACCAUAAUCAUCCCCUCCCGCCAGCCGCCAUGCCAAUGGCCUCGACCACGACUGCAGCCGCUAGCAUGCUCCUCUCGGGCUCGAUGUCGUCGACCCAAGAAGGCAUAAUGAACCCAACAAACCUCCUGGCUCGAACCAUCUUGCCAGCUUGCUCCUCAACCAUGGCCACAAUCUCUGCCUCCGCUCCAUUCCCAACCAUCACAUUAGACCUCACCACCAACUCAUCAAACGCAAACGCAAACGCUAGCAACCCUUUACUGCAAUUCGCUCACUGCCCCGGAUUUUCUGCCGCUGCGUUUAAUCCCUCGAUCUUGCCUCAUGUGGUGAGCCAGGCUUCGUAUUAUAACAACAACCAUCAGUCCAAGUUUUCCGGUCUGCAGUUACCGGCUCAGUCCCUCCCGACAGCUCUGGCCGCCGAGAGUGUCAGCGCCACCCCGGCAGCGAUCGCCGCCGACCCAAACUUUGCGGCGGCUGUCGCGGCGGCGAUCACGUCGAUCAUUAAUGGGUCGGGUCAUCACCAGAAUAACAGCAGCAGCAAUAACAACAAUAAUAAUACUGUUACGACAAGCAAUGGCGGCACUAGGCAAUGAGAGUUAGCUUCUUUAAUUAGUCUUUUUAUUUAUUUAUUUACUUUUUGGUUGGCUGGCUGGUCGGUCGAUUUAUUUUUUCGAACCUUUUUAUGUUUUCUCGGGUGUUUUUUUUUUUUAUGUAGAUAUUUUUCUAGGAUCUGUUUUUAUUUUGUCGGAAAUGGUAUGAAUAUUGUUUGGAUA